UCUCAAGUCUGAAACUUUAAAAAAAAGCUCGCUCUCUCUCGCUCUCUCUCGCUCGUGUGUUUGCAGGAAAAACAAAGCCGAGGAGCCCCUAGUUUCUCUCUCUUCGUUUCCGGAUUUCUAGGGUUUGGGGUUUUGAUGACCUUGCAGAACCAGAUCUCUCAUGGCGGAGACCCACAUUAGCAAUGGAGAAGCUGUGCUGGGUUCUGAUUCUGCUAAGCAGACGGUUUUGACCUCGUCGGCAUCCUUUAAGACUAAGAAGAAGAGUUUGAUCGCUCGUUCUGGUUCCGAAGUUGAUGAUUUCAUCAAUCUCUUACACGGCUCUGAUCCUGUCAAGGUUGAGCUCAAUCGGCUCGAAAAUGAGGUUAGAGAUAAGGAUAGGGAAUUGGGAGAUGCGCAGGCAGAAAUUAAGGCAUUGAGGUACUCUGAACGCCUCAGAGAAAAGGCUGUUGAAGAGCUCACUGAUGAGCUGAAAAAGGUCGAGGAAAAGCUAAAGGCAACUGAAGUUCUUCUGGAAAACAAGAACCUUGAGAUUAAGAAAAUAAAUGAGGAGAAGAAAGCAGCUCUGGCUGCACAGUUUGCAGCGGAAGCCACGCUUAGAAGAGUCCAUGCUGCCCAAAAGGACGAUGAGAUGCCUCCUAUUGAAGCUAUUAUCACCCCACUGGAGGCAGAGCUAAAGCUGGCUAGGCAGGAGGCAGCAAAGUUGCAGGAGGACAAUAAAGCACUGGAUCGCCUAACUAAAUCAAAGGAAGCUGCUCUACUUGAGGCGGAGAGAUCUGUGCAAAUUGCUUUAGCAAAGGCAUCCUCGGUUGAUGAUCUGCAAAACAAGAACCAAGAGCUAAUGAAGCAGAUUGAGAUAUGUCAGGAGGAGAACAAGAUCCUGGACAAGAUGCAUAGGCAAAAGGUUGCAGAGGUUGAAAAGCUAAGCCAAACAGUCCGUGAGCUUGAGGAGGCUGUUCUUGCGGGCGGUGCUGCUGCCAAUGCUGUGCGUGAUUAUCAGAGGAAAGUGCAGGAGAUGAAUGUGGAGAGGAAAACUCUUGACCGGGAAUUGGCUCGUGCAAAGGUCUCUGCAAAUCGAGUUGCUACAAUAGUCGCAAAUGAAUGGAAAGAUGCCAAUGAUAAAGUAAUGCCUGUAAAGCAAUGGCUUGAAGAAAGAAGACUUUUUCAGGGAGAAAUGCAACAACUUAGAGACAAACUAGCAAUAGCAGAACGUGCGGCAAAGUCUGAAGCACAGUUGAAGGAGAAAUACCAAUUACGUCUCAAAGUUCUGGAAGAAGGAUUGAAACAAUCUUCUAAUGCUAAUGGUCAAACAACGUUAGUAGGAAGAAGUAUAAGCAACGGACGCUCCAGACGCCAGUCUCUUGGUGGAGCAGAAAUUCUUUCCAGAUCGUCGCCUAAUGGAUUUUUGUCCAAAAAGUUGUCAAAUUCACAGCUUGGUUCGUCACCUUCCAACAGUGCUAGUGUUUUGUUGAAACAUGCCAAAUGUUCAUCAAGAUCAUUUGAUGGCAGUAGUAGAUCAGUGGAAAGAAAUAAACAAACAUCAACUGGAGAUGGGAAAUGUUAUGCCCCAGACAAAACCAGUGAUGGGAUACAAAGUAAUGAAACUGUUGGAACAUUUAAGGAUAACUCAGAUGCGGAACCAAGUGACAACCCAAAAAUUAGUGAAGAUUAUGUGUCUGGAUUUUUGUAUGAUAUGUUACAAAAGGAUGUCAUAACUUUGAGGAAAGCUUGCCAUGAGAAGGAUCAGAGUCUUAAGGACAAGGAUGAUGCUAUUGAGAUGCUAGCAAAAAAGGUCGAGACUUUGAAUAAAGCAAUGGAAGUUGAGGCCAAAAAAAUGCGAAGAGAAGUAGCUGUCAUGGAAAAGGAAGUUUCUGCCAUGCGUGGUAACAAGGAGCGUGAUCCGAGGGCACGGCACCCUAGGGCUUCUAGAGGGGCUAUAAAUAGCUCUCAAUUACUUUCUGCUAGGAAUAUGCGGAACACAUAGGCAACUGAUAUAUAGCUACAACACAAUGAUUAGAUCAGGACUGUUUAUGUACUAAGUCCCCAGUCAAUAGGUUUGUAUGUUUUUUCAUGUUUAACUGCUUUUUUCCUUUCACAAAUUUUUGCAUAUUUGUUUGGCCUAUUAUUGAUCCCAUGUUUAAGAAAGCAAUGAGUGAUCAAGGUGCAUCCAAGUUCUUCCAUAUGGGUUUUGAGGUUGGUGAGGUCUCCCUUGGAGCUGCAACUAUGGUUGAUGCUUUUCUUC